AUGAGACAAGCAGCAUUAGCCAUUCACCAAGAAAACCCAAACUUGUUGAUGAUCUUCUCAGGUUUUGACUUCGCAUCCGAUCUUAGAUUCUUGAAGGAAACUCCACUGAACGUAGAACCAAAGAACAAGGUUGUGUUUGAGACACAUCACUACCCUUAUUGGAACCCAACCUGGGACCAUGAACCAAUCAAUACUAUGUGUGCUGCAGUGAAGAGUGAUCUAGAGAAAAAAGACGGUUUUAUCCUUAGUGAUGAUCAUUAUGAUUCCCCUUUGUACUUUGGUGAGUUUGGGAUGGAUUUCACUGCAAGAAUACCAAGUGACGAGACAUGGUUGACUUGCAUGUUGACUUUCCUUGCUGAGAGAGACAUUGAUUGGUGUUGGUGGGGAUUGCAUGGUAGCUAUUAUUUCAGAGAGGGGAUAGUUGAUCAUGAUGAAGGUUGUGGUUUAUUCAACUUCUAUUGGAAUGGAUCAAAUUACCCUCAAUUCCCUCAGAGAUUUCAGUUAUUGAUAAACACACUUCAAGAUCCAUCUUCAAAGGCACCAUAUUCCCACAUCUUGUAUCACCCACAAAGUGGGCUAUGUGUGAAAGCUGAUCAAAACUACAACCAAAUUGAACUUGGUGAUUGUAAAAAAGCAAGUGGGUGGAAUCAAGAGGGAGACAAGAUCAAAUUGAAUGGAGAUCAUUGUUUGAAAUCUCUUGGAAAAGAGGGUGAUCCUGCUGUUCUCUCAUCUGAUUGCUCGUCAAGUGACUUAAGUAUUUCUUGGAAGUUCAUAUCUGAUUCUGGUUUGCAUUUACAAGACAAUAUCGGAUUGUGCUUAGACAAAGAUAGAAACUCAUCAAUAUUAGUCACAAAUAAAUGCAUUUGUGUUAGAGAUUAUGUUGGGUGUUUGGAUAAUCCCCAGAGACAAUGGUUUCAAUUGUUGGAGUACUCUCUGUUUCAGCCUGAGAUUGGGAUUGAGGAACUGAGGCUGAACCUGAUGCGGAUCCUGCUUGGUGUUGCUGUUCAACUAUUAGUUCAGGAGGUAUGUGGAGAGAAGGAGCUUUGCUUUCUAGUAGGGAUGAUACUUGGUGUGUGCUGCAGUGAAUUCUUCAGAGUUUGGGUUAGGGUGAGAGAAGGCUCUAAUGGGCUGGGAGUGGUUUUCAGUGGGCUGGGAUUGAAGUUUAAUGGGCUGAGAAUGAGAUUUAAUGGGUUAGGAAUGAAAUUUUUUGUUCAUUGA